UUUCCUGUCGGAGUGGGCAGUGCAUGGCCCUGGCCCUGCGCUGUGAUGGUGACCACGACUGCCAGGACGGCUCGGAUGAGGAGGGCUGUGCCGUGCCCCGGCCGCUGCUCUGCCGUGAGGGUGAGGUGACGUGCUCCCACAGUGGGGAGUGUGUGCCAGAGGCCUGGCGCUGUGAUGGUGCUGCUGACUGUGGGGAUGGCUCAGACGAGCAGGGCUGCCCUUGGGAGGAAGAGCUGUGUGAGGACCGGCAGUGGGGUUGCUCCCAUGGCCAUGAGUGCAUCCCUGAUGUCUGGCGCUGUGAUGGAGAGACUGACUGCACAGAUGGCAGUGACGAGGCUGGCUCGGUGCUGGUGUGGCCCAGGCUAUCGGCUUGCUGAGGAUGGUCUGUCCUGCC